UUCACCGUCAAACAAUGUGACCGAGUGAGAAGAACACCUUGCUGGGGACUGUCAGAAACACAUGACAGCCAACUUUGGUUGUUGUGAGAGGCGCACCAUGGCAUCUCAGCCAAGUGUAUACAAUGAAGAAAGGAACCGUCUUCGUCUCCAAGCGUGGGAACAGAGGAACCAAGAAACCAGCCAAGCCAAAGAACUCAACCCUGAGAAUGUGCCACUCUUUGGGGAACCGUACAAGACAAACAAAGGGGAUGAGCUUUCCAAUCGAAUCCAGAGGAUGCUGGGCAGUUAUGAAGAUGUGAAUAGUCCCUAUCCCCUCGCCAGUGAGCCUUUACCCAUUCCUACUUAUGUAACCUUCUCACAGUCAGAUCAGGGUCAGCCAAACACAGAUAAAUCAACCAAAGCUCCAUUCCACCACCAGGUCCAUUACAUGUCAACCCAAAACCAGAAAUGCCCCUCUAGUAGCAGUUACUCCUCUCAGCCCACAAGGACGUCUGCUGCCUCUUCUCCUAACCAACAUGGACAUUCAUCCACUUUCUCAAAGGCUUCCUUGAACCACAGUCAGGGCGGCCACCCCGGACACCCAGCACAUCAACAGAAGAAGAGUGAGGCCUUCUCAGAUCUCAGGGAGCGUGUCAGCCUUGAUCAGGAAAUGUCUGCUCAGUCUCCUGAUGCUAAGCCGCUACCCUUCCUACAUUCCAGUAACCAUGAUAACACUGACACGGACACUAAGGACACCUUUGAUAGACAUCAGCUUCAAGAGUCCUCAGAUCACCCCUCUGAGUCUUCCAGCACCAUGGAUGUUUCCACACUGAACAUUAAGCAAUCCCCUAAAGAUGCAUCUCUGCCUCAAGCCACCAAGACGAACGCACUACCUUCCCAGACCUUCCCUCCACUCCUGUCCUCGAAGCAGCCCAGCGUAGUCAUGACCCAGAAGCCAACAGCCUAUGUGCGGCCCAUGGAUGGUCAGGACCAGGUGGUCAGUGAGUCACCUGAGCUUAAGCCUUCCCCAGAGCCAUAUGUACCACUACCAGAGUUAAUCAGCAAGUCUAACCCCGGCAAAAUGAAGAUACUGCCACAAUUUUUGGAGACAAGGACAAAUGAAGUUCAGUGUGUCGAGGACAUCUUGAGGGAAAUGACCCACUCAUGGCCCCCUCUUCUGACGGCUAUUCACACACCUUGCACAGAUGAACCCUCCAAGUCCCCGUUCUCAGCCAAGGAAGCGGAGCAUGUUUCUUCUUGCCCAGGACAAAAUCCAUCCCAGCUCAACCAACAGAGCUCCUCAACUUGCUCACAUUCCAGCGGGGUAGAGUCUGCCAGCUCCAGCGAUUCAGAGAGUAGCUCAAGAUCAGAGUCGGACAGUGAAAGCGCCACAGAGGAGCCGCCUGAACCCCCAGCGAGCAGCUCAGUUAAAACUGAGGUAAUUUGUCCCCUUUUGAGCCACGGUGAUUGGCAGUUGGGGAACUGGAUCAGGUCCAACCAACAGAACUCGAGCACUGAAAGUCAAGGCGGUACUCACGUCUCCGGGAGCCCCACUCACAAACAGUUCCUGCCCACUCAAAGCUCCAAGCACUCCAGUGUAGAGGUGGUCGACCCCACUAGGGAGUCCAAGCCUCAGCUCUCUUCUCACCAAAAACAGCUCGGUAACAACCUUGCCAAACCCCAGCAGUGCAGAGAAAGCCAUCAGGAGAACUGUUACCAGCAGAGUAGCCAAAAAUCGCCUUCCGCUGAUUUCAGGAAACUGUCGUGCAACACGCACUCCUCAAAACCAGCAAAGGAAAGUCGCCCAGAUCAAAGUGAAGCAGCUGUAAGUGUUAAGUGUGAGGAAGUUGUAGCCACAAGAGACAAAGACUCGUCUUUCACAGAUAGGCCCAAGGUAAAGACGAAAACAAGACAUUGCAAAAAAAGCAAGGUCAGCAGUGACUCUAAACAAGACGAUAAAAGGACUAAACACACGUCUCUCGACAAGCGGAAGACUGGAUCACAGCCUGAGGUUGCACUUGUCCUGUAUGGUCAUUGUCCAACUUGUGGUGUGAGAUAUCCUAACCCCUGUUCCUGCCCCACCCAGAGUCCUGCUCAGCCUGAACAGUUGUCUCCUGUCCCACCAGUAAGAAUCAGUUGUAGCAAACCCAAGGCAGAGAGCACCUGCCAGAAGGGCGCCAAGAAGCCUAACAAAACGAGCCACAAGCACUCAGAGAAGACUCGACAUUCAGCCAAGGGUUCUCGGGACCUCCACAGGCCUCCUAGAUCCCUCCUGGUGAAGAUCGAACUAAGUCUGCUGUCAAGAGUCCCACAGACGUCCGGCAAGAACCAGGACAUACCCAGCAAUGCAAAAAGACCAGCGCUGGUUAUAGAGCAAGAGGGAGGAGGCAGUGAUGCAUCUACAACACACAAACACAGAAAAACCAGCAAAAAGAGCAUACCUCCAAAUGAUGAGGUAGACAAUAAAACUCUCCCGAGGAAGAAACAGAAGCUGGAAAACAAGAAUACCUCGUCAGCCCACGAUUCUAUCAAACUCGAAAGUUCCAGCAAUCCAGCAGAGGACCGGGAGAGAAAGAAGGCCAAAAAAAAUCCUGUAUCUUUGCAGCAGCCUGCAACACCCAAAGACUCUGUUAAAGACUCAAAGUUACACAAACGCUGUUCUGUGGAGACCCAGGAGUCCAGUAAGGAGGCUGGAAAGAGCAAGGAGGCCUGCAAGCACAAGAAGAGGAGUAUAAAACACACAGAGCACCCACACUCGGAAAAGUCUUCAAAGAGCAGCCUCACCGUCCCAUCAUUUUCACAGUCCAACAAGGAAGUUUUGAUCAACAGGCCCUUGCUCAGUUUGGAGGACAGGAAGUAUCCAGUGAAGCAUUACAUAAAGGAGGCCAAAAGACUGAAGCACAAAGCAGAUGCAGAGUCAGAUAAGCUCAGUAAAGCUUUCAACUACCUGGAUGCGGCCAUGUUCUUCGUCGAGAGCGGCAUUGCCAUGGAAAAAGAUCCCCAGGUUUCAAUGUCUUCCUACACUAUGUUUGCAGAGACAGUGGAACUCCUCAAGUUUGUGCUGAAACUUAAAAACUCGGUGGACCCCUCUGCUCCACCCUCAGAAAAGGACUUUUUAGCUUUAUGUUUGAAGUGCCAGUCUCUCCUGCAGAUGGCCAUGUUUCGCCACAAACACAAAACUGCACUCAAGUAUUCAAAGACCCUCACUGAUCACUUCAGUAACUCUGCUCAGGCGUCGCACGAUCCUUCUUUCUGCACAUCAAAAGUUGCUGGCACCCCGUCCCCAAUGCCCGACAUGCCGUCUCCAGCCAACACAUCCACCAGCUCAGGUCCUGGCUCCAACCACAGUAGUAGCGGGUCGGUUGCGGGCCCCGUCGGCAGCACUGUGGCAGUUCCCCAGGCCAUUGAACAAGUGGCAUUCAACUACGUCAACAUCACCACGUUAUUCCUGAGCGCUCAUGACAUCUGGGAGCAGGCAGAGGUGCUGGCACACAAAGGCAGUGGUAUGCUGACAGAACUGGACACACUCAUGGGCCCACUGAGCCUAACUUCAACUAUGAGCUCUAUGGUCCGUUAUACAAGACAAGGUGUCUACUGGCUGAGGCUGGACAGCCAAAAGGUAAAGUGACCAACAACCUGCUCCCAGUACUGGACGCCUGCAAAACAAUCGUGCUGCUUCUCCCUGCCUUUACUUCACAUCAGCGUGAUACCAACCU